CGAGUGCUUCAACUAAAAUCCAGAAUCCCAUGAGUUAUUGGAAGAAAUCAACAGAAAAACUAGAUGGGGGACCCCAUUCUGUUCUUCGCCCUGGUCAAUUUGUGGGAUUUGAAACUGUGUUUGUCAAACCUGAAAAGGAAGAGCAAAGUCUUAUUUGUGAAGGAAAUCCAUUGGACGCAACUUUUGAAAUAAAGGAAGAAUUCAUCGAAGAUGAAGAGGCAGAUACAGACCAGAAAUAUGAUGAAAAAUAUGAGACAAAAUUGCAUACCACACAUACAGGAGAGGCUAAUAUUUAUCGGCCUCCGAGAAGGUUGCACCGCCGUAAGAAGCAGCAAAAUCAGGAAUCGGAACAGGAACAGAAAUACACAUGUGAAAAGUGUGCACGGACCUAUAAAAAUAAAGCUCAUUUGAAUCGUCAUCAAAAAUUCGAAUGCGGUGUCAUACCACAAUUCAGAUGUGAAUUCUGCGACAAACGGUUUAAGCGGAAUGUGCAUCUUCGUCAGCAUAUAGUUCGCGUACAUGAUAAAACUAACGUAAAGGCAUCGCAAACAAAAUAUAAUUGUGACAAAUGUUCUCGAAGUUACAGUUCCUCAGAUGCCUUGACUUUUCACACACGUUUAGAACAUGCGGCAGACAAACCACAAUUUAUUUGCGAUAUUUGUGGCUUUAAAACUAAACUCAAACCUAGCUUGUCAAGACAUAUUUUGGCACAACAUCUCGGCUGUUCACGAGCCAAACACAGGAAGCGCUCUUUUCAAAAUUGAGUUAAGCGUGUUUUCAGGUUUCAUUUAACAUAAAUAAUGUAUGUAAACAAUCACAUUCAGUAUAUUAAUGUUUUUAUACCAAUAUUUUAGGAUUUAAAAAUAAUUGAAUGCAUUAGGAAAGCCGAUCACGAUAAAUUAUAAAUAUUACGGAUAGGUCCAGCUAGAAUGAUCUGUUCAUUCAAGAAAAUCGUAUUAAAUACAUGCCUUAAUUUUUUUUCGUGGUUAUUUUAAGAUGAGAUUAAAUAAUAGAGAUUUUUAAAAAAACUUUAGAAAGUUUAUUAAACUUUCGAUUCUCAUCUUCCACUUUCUUUCAUCUUCCUGAAAGUAAAUGAAAAAAUCGAAUAUUCGCCAAAUUAAAAUGGUUAAACUCCUCUUUCAAGAGAGAUGAAGAGCGUAGUGAAAUAUUUAAUGGUGCUUAAAUUAUCAUGGAAAAUGUAGAAGGGUAUCUAUAACGACAAUCCGUUCUUCGAGCUCAAGUCGAACUUUCAUCUUUGGUUAACGCACGGGAAACAACAGACGAAAGACUGUGGUCACCACUCGGCCUUUCUUCUGUGACACAUUUUCCAUUUUUCAUGAUAUUUUAAUUACCAGUAAAAAUUUAGAUCAUGCUCUUUAUUAUUUUUAAGAGGAAAUCUUAUACUUCAAUUUGACGAAGUUUAAUUUUUUUCACUUUCUUUCCUGAAACAUACAGAAAGUGGAAGAUUAUUACACAAUUAAGCCAUUUCCCUUUCGGGGUAGGCGUGACUCACUCGGCAGGGGAAAGGAGUAGUGUGUGGAAGGGUAGAGAUUUUUAAGAUUGAUCCAGAAUUCUCAUGC